AUGGAGCAGUUUCAACAAGAUGACGACCACCAGCAAUUACUAGCGCCCCCCCAAUUACAAGACCCUAAUGAAGCCACUGCAAUUAUUUCUCAACAACAACAAGAACAAGAAGUUGCAGUUCGUGAUGAGGAGAAUAACAAGAAGGAUGAUCAGAAAGAGAACAAGGAGCCGGACGACAUGGCCAUGGUGUUCUUGGAGUGGCUGAGGUCAAACAGAGAGACCGUCUCCGCUGAAGACUUGAGAAGUGUGAAGAUCAAGAAGUCGACAAUCGAGUGCGCGGCCAGGCGGUUGGGCGGAGGUAAAGAGGCCAUGAAGCAGUUGCUUAAACUUGUGCUUGAGUGGGUUCAGACCAACCAUCUCCAGAAGAGGCGCGGUAAUAGUCUUACCACCAAAGACGCCGAUAUUGUUGCCCAACAACAACAUUUCACCCAAACUCCUUGGAUGGCACCUCCGCCACAUGCAGCCUAUGAUCACGCCGGGGGAAUCCUUGUCCCCACUCCGCCUCCGCCGCCCCCUCCGGCAGCUUACCCUUCAAUGAUGGGGUACAUAGCGCCUGACCAGUAUGUUAACGGGCCAGGUCCAUACCAACCAUCACCGGAAUAUCAUCACAUGAUUGACUCUGGGCAAUCUACCUGGCCGUCGUCUCCGUUCGGCAUGGGAACGGCCCAUUACGGGUCGUUCCCGGACAAUAACAUUCACCUAGCCCCUCCUCCACAGCAUCAUCCCCAGGCUUUUGCCGGGUAUGGAAGUCAAUACCAGCCUUACCAGUAUUUUCCAUUGAAUGGUGAGCAUCAAUUGAUGAGGUUAGGGUCUUCAGUUACGAAAGAGGCGAGGAAGAAGAGGAUGGCGAGGCAGAGACGACUUGUGUCACACCAUAGGCAUGGACAUCAGCACCUUAAUGUUCAAAUGUCGGAUCAUCUUCUUCAUCAGCAGCACACAAGGCUUGUUGGGAACGCAGGCGAUCUGAAUUGCGCUAAUUCUGUGCCGCUACAAGCCAAUCCGGGCAACUGGUUUUACUGGCCCACUGCUACUGCGGCCCCGUCCCCAUCCCCGGCCAUGAUGCCUAGCAUUACACAAGAGGCUGCACCGCCUCCUCCAGUGCAGCAGAUGGAUCGGCCGGCUAGUACUCAAGCACAGAAUUACAAUCAGGGGCUCCCUGAACUUAGACCCGAUUUGCAUUUGAGUCUUUCAAUUUCCAAAAUCGUUCCCGUGUUCCUUUAA